AUGCCAGGCUCAGUCCUCGAGAACACAACCGACCCUCCCCUCCCACCACCAAAACACCACCUUCAAUCCGCCCCUCUCCUAACCCCAAUCCAAGCCACGCUCCCUAACACACUUACAAAUAUAACCCUCUACCCAACUUCUAACGGACCAACAUCCCUCCCUCAAGAACUUAUAACCUUUCUCCAUGAGGAAUUCUCUGUCGAGAUUUUGAAGGGAUGUACAUAUCCCAUGGAAGAGCCCAUGAGUUUUGAUAGGUUUAGGGAGUAUUGGUUCGGGACUUUUGCUGUUGUUGUUCUCAAAGGCACUGUCGAUGAGAGUAGAAAGCUGUUACAGGGUGAUGGGAAAGGGGUGGAUUGGAAGGAGGUGUGCCUGGGGACGUUUUAUAUUAAACCUAAUUAUCCCGGACGAUGCUCCCACAUCUGCAACGCAGGUUUCCUAACCUGCUCUCACGCUCGAGGUCAAGGUAUCGGCUCCAUAAUGGGACGAACAUAUCUCGAAUAUGCGCCUAAACUUGGAUACAAAUACUCCGUCUUCAAUCUCGUAUUUGCCAACAAUCCCGCCUCAAGCAAGAUAUGGGACCGUCUCGGAUUUGAGGUAUUGGGUCGUGUUCCCGGGGCGGGUAGAUUGGCUAAUAGUGAGGAAUUGGUUGAUGCGUUGAUUUAUGGGAGGAGUUUGGUAUGAUCUUUCCCUAUAGUUUGGA